AUGGCGGCCUCCGAGCCCUGGAUGACCCAGUUCUCCCGGUAUAUCAACUCUGCUCCUGGUAUAGAGAACACGUUACGUCUCCUCCAGUUCUCAUGCAUUGUAGUUGGGUCUCUUUCAGGGGUCUCGUCCUCGCCGUGGGCCAGAGCAGGCAGCCAAUUUGCGUUGGGUCGCCGCUACUUUCGGUAUUUCAAAUUCAUCGAUUACUUUGAAAAUGCAUGGGCGGCGUAUUCCUUGCCUGAAAACACUGCAUCUCAAAAACGUGGAUUCACGGCAUCAACGCUUGAAUUCUGCAAAUGGAGCAUGCUCGGAAUCUAUCUAUUGCUCGAGGGCGCUACCAUUUUUGAUGCGUUGGGCGUCCAGAAAACGGCCUGGGGGGAGAGGGCUUUGCUCGAGAGCAAUAAAUUCUGGCUAUAUGCGCUGGUUUUCUCCUUCUUGAGCACUCUAUGGCAGCUAUUCCAGCUAUAUCGGGGAGUCAACACACCGACGGCCCCGCAGACAGCAGAGAACUCCGACUCGAAGAGCAGCACGAGUUUGUCGGAGAAACAAUCUACGCCCGAGAAAAACGAUACCAAUAAUGAUGACGUCACAAUGGCUACUCGGACGUUGAUGAAGGACCUCGUUAUCACCAGCUGCGAUAUCCUAAUUCCAGGAUACGGUAUUGGCUGGAUGCCAGUUUCCAAGUUGACGAUGGGCAUCGCAGCGGUUGUGAGUACUCUUCUCGUUGGACGAGAUAGGUGGAUAAAGGCUCAAGAGCGCCUCAAGGGGUAG